GCGGCAGCCCGUCCAGCCAAUCAGGUCGCUCCGUUGCUGCGCUGCUGGCGGACACAGUGGCUGGGAUGCACGCUGAGAGGGAGGAGAGGGGCGGAGAAAAAUAGGAGGAGCAAGAGGAGGAGCAAGAGGAGGAGCAAGAGGAGGAAACUUGAGAGGCAUCAUCCACCAUGCGUCUGCAGGUCACUCAAUCGCAGCAGCAGGCUGAUCUCCUGCAGCAGCAGCAGCAGCAGCAGCAGCAGCAGCAGCAGCAGCAGCAGCAGCAGCAGCAGCAGCAGCAGCAGCAGCAGGAGCACUAUCCGCACCACCAGCACCUCAUGCUGGCGUGUGUGGCGGUGCUGGCCCCCUCGGGUGCUCUGGUGCCUGGAGACGGCUCUCUGUGUGCUGCCAUGCACUUGGCUCUCAUGGCAUAUUGAUGUUGCAGUGCACCCUUCUGACUC